AUGGCUCAGGAGACCAAUCAGACGCAGGUGCCAAUGCUUUGCACUAUGGGAUGCGGUUUCUAUGGUAACCCCCGCACCAACGGCAUGUGCUCGGUCUGCUACAAGGAACACCUGCAGAGACAACAGGGAGGGGGGCGAUCCAGCCCGCCAGGAGAGAAAGCUGCUACAUCACCGGCAGGAUCGGCGGGCUCAGCUGGUGUGACUGUGGAGAGUACAACCUCAGAGCCCAGUACAGAGGUGGCAGGAACCCCACCUGAGGAACAAACGAGCAGUCCCAGCUCUCCCAGCCCAGUAACUCAACAGAUGACAGCUAUGAGCAUCUCCCAGGAUUCGGGAGCUGUGGACUCUGAUCGAGCGGAGGCUGAGGAGGGAGAAGAGGAGGGUACUAGCAGCAGCUCAGAGCCAGUAGGGGAAGCAGCACAAGCUUUGUCUGAUAAUGACCAAACUCCAGAUAAAAACAAGAAAAAGAACCGCUGCUUUUCUUGCCGGAAGAAAGUAGGCCUCACUGGUUUUGACUGUCGCUGCGGGAACCUCUUCUGUGCCAUUCACCGUUACUCUGACAAACACGACUGUCCCUAUGAUUACCGGAGUGCAGCUGCUGCCCGCAUACGCAAGGAGAACCCCAUCGUGGUGGCUGAGAAAAUUCAGAAGUUAUGAGGACUGAGUGCAAAAACAAAAACAAGUCUCUGACUUUGUGAAUUUGAACAAUGGCAACUUGGAUGAAAACACCUGAUAUCAUGGCUUCAUUUGUUCAUGGUAGACUAAGACGGGCGGGGUGGGGUGGUGAGGUUGCAGCCACUGUCCAGACGCUUCCCUUACUAGCAUCUCCCUCUCUCUCCGUGUGUGUGUGUGUGUGUGUGUGUGUGCGCACGCGCGCCUGUGUGCGUUUGUGUGUGUCUGUCUGUCUGUCUGUCUUUCUCUUGCUUGAGGGUCAGGGAGAGAGCCAUAGGGGCCUGGUUGACAUUAGUGUGGCUGUGGGAAGGGAAGACAUUUUAUUUUACCCCUUUUUGUUUGGGGGAGCGUGUUUUUUUUUUUUUUUUUUUUUUAAUACAAUCCCUGUAAGGCCGUUUGAAAUGAGACAGGUAAGCUGUUGAGGAAUGUGUCGCAGCCUGGUUAAUGACACAGAGGUCAAUUAAGAAGGUCUAACAAGUUUAAAAAAAAAAAAAAAAAGAAAAAAAACCUAACUGGGAGAUUUCAUGUAUCAGCAAGACCUUUUUAAGGGCUUUUGGAAUAUAAUUUUUUUUUUUUUUUUUUCCCCGACUGAAAAUGAUGUCAACUUCUUGUCAAAUUGGCAGAUUUUUUAUUUUUUUCCCCCUUCCCACCUCCUCUUACCUUUUCUCUAUUGGUCACCAUAUGUUGAACUCCCAAGUCUCAGCAUUUUCCAGAAAUGUUUCUCUUUGAUAUAUUGACUUAUCAUACUGAUAUUGGGUGCAUGAACAGUUAUUGGACGGGAAAGGUAGGGGAGGGCAAGGGUAGGGGAAACUGAGAACCUUGACUUAACCGAGUGAUUGAAUUGUUUUUUUCUUUUUAUUUUCUUUUUUUUUCUGUUUUAAUGAGCGUAUGACAUCAGAAGAUCUAUAUUAAUAUAUUGUAGUUAGCUUGAAUUGUGUGAUUGCAUUCUAUUUAUUUUUUAUCGUUUGGUUGGUCUGUGCUGGAGGAUUGGCAGCAUGUGUCAGCAAAUCAUUAAGGUUUGCACUUAACCUUUUCAAUUAUAUUUAGGUAAUUCCAUCUUGAUUAUAUAACCAUUGAAUAAAAGAUACACAAGCUCUGACAUGAUAGAGUAGGGUCCAGUUAAGCCGCAGUUACAGUUAAAAUCGUGCAGCGAAAUGUCCAUAGUUUUGGAUUUUGGAAACAAAGCACAACAAAGUGUGUCAACUGCAGAGCACAAAAAUAAUGUGCCACACCUACUCCGUUUUGUUCAGCAUCUGGGUCAUUUGCAGUUUAUAUUUGAUCUGUAUAGCAGGCUCGCUGAACAAAUUGCCUGAUUGAUGAGACGUUCUGUGUUAGUAAGGCGCUGUGUUCUCCUUUUAAUGCCCUUUUCUGUUCUAUGGAGUCAGAGUGAAGCUCCCUGUUUCUCUAACCACCAGCAGACCACUGACACAUGCUGAAUGAAAACUGACCUGGGUCGCAGUGACACCUUCUGCUCUGCUAAAGUAAGGGUUGGCGCAAUGCUACGGAGUUGCGUGCUGUGCUUUUUACAAUGUGGUCAGAUUCAGACGAGUCCUUGCUACGAAGAUCGCCUCUAGCUAGCUUCUUCUAGGAAGAUCAAGCUUACCUGCAUGUGUGCAGUCAAACAAAUGAGUUACUGUUUGGUAACCGACUGCAUAGUUUGAAAUGAAGCUGGAAUGUUCCAAAAAAGCCACACAGCAGUAGCACAAUGCAUGGCUAGAACCCUAAGGUUCAAGUUAACAGGACUCUACUUUUUUUUUUUCUUCUUCUUCCAAAUGUAAAUACCAUAUGGCUCCUAUUCAUAUAGUAUAAUCUUAAUGUAGAUUUUUGCCAAGUAAUAAAGGUGGGGGACUAAGGCGAAGAAUAGUACUAUGUGUAUAAAAGUGCUUUUCAUAAUUAUCCCAAAAAAUUACUGUGCCACAAAUGGCACUAUUUUUUCCCCCCCAUCUUUUUAUUUACAGGUUAUUAACCACAUCAUCUGCCCACAUAAUGUCCAAAGUAUGUUUAGUAGUUUGCUGUACCAUGAGUAUCUAAAGGCCAUGUGGCUUCUAUUCUACCAUACUAGUCAGAUUGUUAACAAGGCCCUUAAGCUUUACUUACAUUGCGGAGUUACACAGUAUCCUAGUCCAUGUUUAUAUCCCGUUACUGAAGCCUUUUCAUAGCUUAGCGAAAGUUAAAAAGGCCUCUUGUGAGGAGCAGGGGGGCAUUUGAGGUUUCAUCUUUUGAUUAUCAAAAGCUUUCCUUGUAAAUGUUGCUUGAUCUUGAUCAUAUAAUAUUUAUGAAAGAGCUGUAGAAAAGUUGCAAGGAAUUUGUGGGGUGUGUGUUUUUAAAAUAAGCCAAUGCAGAAUGUAUUGGACAUGAAUGACUUUUUCCUUGCAUACGCAGAAUAUCACGUUGGACCUGGUUGUGUUUAGUUCUGGCUCCUUUUAUUGGAAAAUUGGCCUUCAUCGUAAUUCCUGUUAAACUCCUAGUGUGGGUGAUGGACGUGUAAAUAGCUUUGUGACCAGGCGUGCCAACACCGAGAGUAUUUACCCAGGAUAAGUUGGGCAUCUCAAGCCCCUGACUGUGAUUUUAAUUACCACUGGUGGAAACUUGAAAUUCAGAAGGAGUUUAAAUAUUGUUGUAUUCAGGUGGUUGGAGCAGCUCUGCAAGUUCGAUGUUCCCUAAGGUGUAUCUUAUAUAUUCAGAGUAUUCAAGCUUGCCUGCUGGGUUGACCGUUAACAAAAUAUUGUCACCUACAAAAUGCUUUGUUUUUCCUUUACAGAUUGAAAGUCCUUUCAGAGUAAAAGUCCUUAACUGGGGAUGAUUGUUCAGGUGUGUAAACCGUGAGGAUUUAACGGUCUACACACAUUUGUUUUCUAUUGACUGCUCAUAUCAAACCCCCAACCCCCUAUUUUCAUAAUAAACAUGGGCAGUUUGAAUGUAAACCACCAUAAUUCACAUAAUCAGCUGCAAUGUCAUUUAUCAAACUACAUGGCCCUGAUAUUGACUUUGUUUUUGGGCGAAAGCCCAAUUUCCUUCCAUGUGGUUUGGGACAUUUGGAUCACUUAUUGUUUUGACUGUUUGUGAUGAAGAACUUGGCACCAGCAAUUAGGGCAACCAAACCGAAAUAAUCUAGAUAUUAUCAGUACAUAUACUUUAUUUUUUUUCUUCCUUCUGUUGUGUUGCUUCUGUAGAGUUUUGAUGUCUUCAAUCCCAUAUUCAGCACAACCUUUCAUAAUCAAUGUCUUCAUCAUGCGAGGGUUUUGAUUGAUAAUGAUGAACCUGUCAGUUGUGAUGAGUCUGGUUUGAAAUUCAGUUUUACUGCAGAAGUACAGACAAAUGACGAUGACUUGAUUCAUUCUGUCUUUUCGAGAUGAGCUUGAGGGACAGCAAAUGAAAUCUACAAUGUUGACAGAGCUGUUAGUUCUUGUUCCUUGGCACUCCAGUCCCCCAGAAACACCACCAGAUAUCUUUUUUUUUAUUUUGUUUUUCGUUAAAGAUUUAGGAUUGUAUGAUGUGUAAGAGUAAGUAUAAAACAAUAAAUUCACAAAGUUUAUUUUAAAUUA